GCUGAGGGGCAGAGGGCGGGGCUGGGGAGGGGACGCGCCAUAGCCCCCCCCUCCCCUCCCACGCACCCCCCUGCUACGUCAGAAGCUCCGGGGCCAGCUCCGAGUCCUGUCGGUGGGGGCAGCAGGAUGCUGGUGGAAGCAGAGGGGGCCGGCCGGGUGCCUCCGCAGCUCGGCUGGCAGGGCCCGGCGGGGCGUGUGCUGCUGCUGGUGCUAACCCCCCCGCCCCACCCCUCCCCAUGCAGCCCUGGCAGUGCCUCCGGCGCUUUGCCCUGGCCUGGUGGGAGAGGACAGCGGAGGGCAGCGCCCGAUCUCCUAGGGAGGAGGCUGGACCGAGGGACCCCGGGGGCCGAGGGGAGCCAGGGCUCCAGCGUGCAGCGGGAGGGAAGGCUCCAGGACUCUGUUCCCUCUGUUUAAAGUCUCCAGAUCCGGAGCGGAGCAGCCCCCCCAUGCUGUCUGCGGACGAUGCGGAGUACCCGCGGGAAUACCGGACCCUGGGGGGCGGGGGCGGCACGGGCGGCGGGGGCCGGCGCUUCUCCAACGUGGGGCUGGUGCACACGUCCGAGCGCAGGCACACGGUGAUCGCCGCCCAGAGCCUGGAGGCGCUCAGCGGGCUCCAGAAGGCCGACACUGACCGCAAGCGCGACGCCUUCAUGGACCACCUGAAGAACAAGUACCCCCAGCACGCCCUGGCCCUGCGGAGCCAGCAGGACAGGGUGCGCGAGCAGGUUGGCGGCUGGACCGUGGACCCCGUGUGCCUCCUCAGCUCCCUCUGCUCCCACCUCCAUGGCGACUCCGCCCCCUCCGGGGCUGGCCAGCCGGCCCAGCAGCCAAACUACUGGAGCUUCAAGACCCGCAGCUCGCGCCACCCUCAGGGAGCCCAGCCCGGGCUGGCAGACCAGGCAGCCAAGCUGUCAUACGCCUCGGCUGAGUCGCUGGAGACCAUGUCGGAGGCGGAGCUGCCCCUGGGCUUCAGUAGGAUGAACCGCUUCCGACAGAGCCUGCCCCUCUCCCGCUCUGCCAGCCAGACCAAGCUGCGCUCGCCAGGGGUGCUGUUCCUGCAGUUCGGGGAGGAGACGCGGCGCGUGCACAUCACGCACGAGGUCAGCAGCCUGGACACGCUGCACGCGCUCAUCGCACACAUGUUCCCGCAGAAGCUCACCAUGGGCAUGCUUAAGUCGCCCAACACCGCCAUCCUCAUCAAGGACGAGGCUCGCAACGUCUUCUACGAGCUGGAGGACGUCCGGGACAUCCAGGACCGAAGUAUUAUCAAGAUCUAUAGGAAGGAGCCUCUUUACGCCGCUUUCCCUGGCUCACACCUUACCAACGGGGACCUCCGGAGAGAGAUGGUGUAUGCCUCGCGGGAGUCGUCGCCCACACGGCGUCUCAACAACCUGUCGCCGGCGCCGCACCUGGCGUCCAGCUCUCCGCCCCCGGGGCUGCCGUCGGGGCUGCCUUCGGGGCUGCAGUCGGGCUCGCCGUCGCGUUCGCGCCUCUCCUACGCCGGGGGGCGCCCGCCCUCCUACGCUGGCAGCCCGGUGCACCACGCGGCGGAGCGGCUGGGGGGCGCCCCAGCCGCCCAGGGCGUCAGCCCCAGCCCCAGCGCCAUCUUGGAGCGGCGCGACGUGAAGCCGGACGAGGACCUGGCAGGCAAGGCGGGCGGCAUGGUGCUGGUGAAGGGCGAGGGCCUGUACGCCGACCCCUACGGGUUGCUCCACGAGGGUCGCCUGAGCCUGGCCGCGGCCGCCGGCGACCCGUUCGCCUACCCGGGGGCCAGCGGCCUCUACAAGCGCGGCUCGGUGCGCUCGCUCAGCACCUAUUCGGCCGCGGCGCUGCAGUCCGACCUGGAGGACUCGCUGUACAAGGCGGCGGGCGGUGGCCCGCUCUACGGCGACGGCUACAGCUUCCGCCUGCCGCCCUCGUCGCCUCAGAAGCUGGCCGAUGUGGCGGCGCCCCCCGGAGGCCCCCAGCCUCCGCACAGCCCCUACUCGGGGCCGCCCAGCCGCGGCUCGCCGGUGCGCCAGUCUUUCCGCAAAGACUCGGGCUCCUCGUCGGUCUUCGCAGAGAGCCCCGGAGGCAAGACCCGCAGCACGGGGGGCUCCUCGACGGCCGGGGCUCCCCCUCCGGAGCUCUUCCCCGGGCCUGGGGAGCGCCCGCUCGUUGGGUUUGGGCCGCCGGUGCCAGCCAAGGACACGGAGACCAGGGAGCGCAUGGAGGCCAUGGAGAAGCAGAUUGCCAGCCUCACAGGCCUGGUACAGAGCGCCCUACUACGAGGCUCGGAGCCUGAGACCCCCAGCGAGAAGAUCGAAGGCUCCAAUGGAGCAGGCACCCCCUCAGCACCCUGUGGGUCAGGCAGCCGGAGCAGCGGCGCCACCCCAGUGUCCGGCCCUCCCCCGCCCUCGGCCGGCAGCACUCCUGCGGGGCAGCCCACGGCCCUCAGCCGUUUGCAGAUGCAGCUGCACCUGCGUGGCCUACAGAACAGCACCAGCGACCUGCGCAGCCAACUUCAGCAAUUGCGAAAGCUCCAGCUACAAAACCUGGAGUCGCUGCGCGCGCUGCUGAAGGGCACAGAGGCGGAGCUGAGCAUGCGCGUGUCGGAGGCGGCGCGGCGGCAGGAGGACCCGCUGCAGCGGCAGCGCACCCUGGUGGAGGAGGAGCGGCUGCGCUAUCUCAACGAUGAGGAGCUCAUUACCCAGCAGCUCAAUGACCUGGAGAAGUCGGUGGAGAAGAUCCAGCGGGAUGUGUCACACAACCACCGGCUGGUGCCGGGGCCGGAGCUGGAGGAGAAGGCCCUGGUGCUGAAGCAGCUCGGGGAGACGCUGACCGAGCUCAAGGCUCACUUCCCAGGCCUGCAGAGCAAGAUGCGGGUUGUGCUGCGUGUGGAGGUGGAGGCCGUGAAGUUCCUGAAGGAGGAGCCACAGCGCCUGGACGGGCUUCUCAAACGCUGCCGUGGGAUCACAGACAUGCUGGCCCAGAUCCGAAGGCAAGUGGACGAAGGUGUGUGGCCACCCCCCAACAACCUCCUGAAUCAGUCCCCCAAGAAGGUGACGGCUGAGACAGACUUCAACAAGAGCUUGGACUUUGAAAUGCCACCCCCCAGCCCUCCACUGAACCUCCACGAGCUGAGUGGACCGGCCGAGGGAGCCCCUCCUACUCCCAAGGGGAGCAACCCCACCAAAGGCCUGGAUGCUGCUGGCAAGAGAAGCGUGGACAAGGCUGUGUCUGUUGAGGCUGCUGAGCGAGACUGGGAGGAGAAGCGAGCAGCUCUCACCCAGUACAGCGCCAAGGACAUCAACCGGCUGCUGGAAGAGACACAGGCAGAGCUGCUGAAGGCCAUCCCUGACCUGGACUGUGCGAGCAAGGCCCACCCAGGCCUGGCCCCCACCCCUGACCACAAGCCCCCCAAGGUCCCCCAUGGCCAGAAGGCAGCCCCGCGAACAGAGCCAAGUGGAAGGAGGGGCUCAGAUGAGCUGACAGUGCCUCGGUACCGCACAGAGAAGCCCUCCAAGUCGCCCCCGCCGCCCCCGCCCCGCCGGAGCUUCCCCUCCUCCCACGGCCUCACCACCACGCGCACGGGAGAGGUGGUGGUCACCAGCAAGAAGGAUUCGGCCUUCAUCAAGAAGGCCGAGUCCGAGGAGCUGGAGGUGCAGAAGCCCCAAGUGAAGCUGCGCCGAACCGUGUCCGAGGUGGCCCGCCCGGCCUCCACGCCGCCCAUCAUGGCGUCUGCCAUCAAAGAUGAGGACGAUGAGGACCGCAUCAUCGCCGAGCUAGAGGUGUUUGAGAGAAGCUCAGUGUCUUCCCUCCCCCCCACGCCCCGCCGCCAGCCGAUCCCCACCUUGCUGGCACCCCAGGAUCUGGGGCCCCCUGGGGGCUCAGCCCAGGGCCCCACAUGGAAGAGUGGUGGUGGCAGCGUGCCACCCAUGAAGGUGGUUACUCCAGGGGCCUCUCGGCUGAAGGCAGUGCAGAGCCAGGCCGGCAGCCCCGACAAAGGCAAGCACGGCAAGCAGAGGGCGGAGUACAUGAGGAUCCAGGCCCAGCAGCAGGCCACUAAACCAUCUAAAGAGAUGAGCGGGUCAAAUGAGACCUCGAGCCCAGUCUCAGAAAAGCCCUCGGCUUCCAGAACCUCUAUCCCUGUAUUGACUUCCUUUGGGGCGAGGAAUUCUUCCAUCUCCUUCUAGAAGCCCCCUUCCACCUCCACCUCAGCCUGUCCGCCCUCCUCACCCCUGCCAUUUCUCUCCCUGCUCUUCUUCCUUCAUCUCUACCCCGCCCCCACCCUAGUCUCUGGCUUGCCGUAGGUGUGGCCUUCCUCAGCUCUCUACACCCAUCCCCUGUUGGUGUUUUUGGUUUUUUAAAUUGAUUCACUUUUAAUUAUCUUUUUUUUUUUUUAAAGCAGAACAGUAAAACUAAAAACCAAAACACACCACCUUCCCUCGAUUUCCUGUUCCAAAAUGGCCCACCUCCUGCCAUCCUCUCUCCCUUUUUACCCACGCCUCCUCCCACGUCCAUCCUAAAGCCCCCGCACCCUAUGCUCCCUUCCUGAGAGCACUCCAAACAAACUCUGAGCCACGGAGACUUGGAGCGGCGACGCCCCUCUCCCCAUCCUCGGAAACCUUCCUGGAGGAAACUCUGGACGUUGGAACAACCCCACUAUCAGGCUGGCAGGGAGACUCUGGCCCUGGAGGUGCCCCAGCUGCCCAGUCUUGCUGUGACCGAACUCCGCUGCUCCACUCCCUUCCGCUCAUGCCCCUGUGGGCCUGAGUCAAGAUGGAUGGGCUGGGCAGGGAGGCAGGGUUGAGGGGGCCUGGGGCGGGUGUGAGGCCUUCGAAUCUGUGUGUGCUGGAGAGGAGUUGGCUUCCUGGGACUCCCUUCUUGUGGUGAGAAACCACCUAGCCUGUGCCGAGCAAGGAGCGGGCCCUUCCGGGUAGUGGGUUGUGGGCAGCCGGUUGAACAGCCAGCCUGACACUGGGGUCACUGCCCCAGAAGAGGGCAGCCCCGAGGAGGGCUAUUUGGUACUUUUGGUUUCCUAAUUUAGCACUUUAAAUGACAUUAACUUAUUCAAUGGGGGUGGGCAAGAAUGAAGGGCCUAGAAAACUAGAUUUGGGGGCGUGGAGGGUGGGAAGGGUCUCGUGGUGAGGGAAGUGGGGGGAAUAGAGAGGGGCUGAUGGGGGGGCAGUGAGGACAGCUCUGACCCAAAGGUUAAGCGACUUGACCUUUAACCAUCCUCUUUGAGAUUUGAGGGUUUUCAGGGGUGAGAUGAUUUUUAAAUGGGGAGCUGGUGACCCCUGGUAAAAUCUUUGAGGGUCCCUGAGGCCUGACCAGCCAGCCAGUGCCCCUAGACCCAACCUGUGGAUGCCUGCCUUGCAGGGGCUGGGCCAACGAGGCUUUUGACCAGGUCCUGGGAAGGGGAGGAAGACCAGUUUUGGUUCUCAGCCCCGGGUCCCCCAGAGGGCACAGUGAGGGGCCGUUUGGGGGGGGGGCGGGGUGGUAUGUGGGUGGGGGAUGCGGAGGCAGAUAGGGUAGGGCCCCUGGGGAGCAGGAUUCCUAUGUGGAGCACAAAGUGGGGUAAGCACAGGGGAGGGUUUGGGAGUAGUCUCCCUGAGUGAGCACAGAAAGAAGGAGCCAUUGAAGGGGCAGAACCUCCUAGUCCCUGGGGCCUGGCUGGAAGGUCAGUGUUUGGGGAAAGCCAGGGGAGCUGUUGAGGGUUGGGGAGGGAAGGGAGACUGGGGUUGUGUUUCUUCAUUUCUUUCUUUUUGUUUUGUUUUGUUUUUGUUGGUUCAUCCUUGUUUUCUAGCUUUGGAUCAUUUUUGUACAAAGGCAAGCAGGCCUUUUUGAAAAAUAACAAAAGAAGAGGAAAAAAAAAAAUCCCUCCUAAAAAAAAAAAAAAAAAACCCUUGGAAAAUAGGAAAAAAAAGGACCUCAUAAAUGAUGCAAUUACUUUUAAUUGCAGGCAACUCUUUACAUUUAAGUGAAGUGUCUUAACAUUUUAUAUUGUUUUAAAAAUAUAUUUACAUAUUAUAUAUAUAUAAUAUACGUAAUAUAAAUAUAUAUAAAUAUUUAAAAAAGAAAAAAAAUGAAAACCACGGCACCCUCUCCCUGGCCGCUGUUUUGGCGGGGGAGGGGGGCUGGAGGAUGGGCACAUCGGCCUGGCUUCCGUGGUCCAGUGAAACGGUUCGGUUUGAUUUGGCUGUACAGAGAACCCCUGAUCGGGAGGGGAGGGGGGAGUGGUGCCCCCUCCUCCCUCCACUCCAUUACUCUUUGCUUGCCACUUUUCGCUUGCCCCCCCAGCCCUGUGACCUGAAUGUGUGCCCCACCGUCUUUGUCCUGAGUUGAAUGUCCCUUUGUGGGGGGAGGAGGAGGUGUCCGUCCUCGAGGGGCAGACGGAGGGAGCCGUGGGCCCCACCCCAUCUGCCCACGUAGCGCCCAGUGGGAUUUGCAUCUUCCUUUCCCUUUGGCUCCUGCACAUUUCCGGGCUGAGAGGCAUUUGUGUGGAGUUGUGCGCAGCCUGUGUGUGUAUGUGCGCCGGCCCAGGUCCUCUUGCCCGGGUGUGGAGGGAAGCGUGUGUGUGCACAGGCGUGACCUUCCACACAUGUGUGCGGGGAGGCGAGUGCACUCGGUGCAUGUUCCCUGCUGGGGCAUCAGCACGUGCCCACCUGCAUGUUGGUACGGAGGGGCUUUGCGCAUGAGAGGGCGUGUAGUGUGUGUGUGUGUGUGUGUGUGUGUGUGUGUGUGUGUGUGUGUGCAGACGCACGUGGCUGCGAGAGACUUGUAUGCGUGCGGGCCACAUAUGCGUGGACAGAGGGCUGCACGUGGAGGUGCAUGUGACCUGCGUUGUGUGGGCCUGUGCGUGUGCACAGGUGUGUAGACCCAGGCGUGUGGGAGUGCCUGCGUGUGUGUUCCAUCGACCCUGCACCCCUCGCUUUGGCUCCCCUCCUGAGCCCCCAGCCCCCCGCCCUCCCAAAGCCCGCUGCAUGCGCCUCACUGCUCUGUCCACCAGUGUGUGCUUGACCAAGAGAAAACUAAGACGUCUGGGGGGAUCCCUGUACCUGGUCCCCCGCCCCCGCCCACUGUGCUGUGUUACUCGCAUGGGGGGUUCCUCUCCCGCCCCUUCCACAAUACGCUGUUUCCCCAGGAGCCUCCGGGCCCGAGGCUCUGAUUGGGGGCCCAGGUGGGGUCCCCCCCUCCCCGGGCUGAGCCCCGGCUCCGCACCCUGCCCCGUCCACCCCGUAGGGCCCGUGUUGCUGUAGCAGUGAUGGCUUCUGUGGAUAUUCCGUGACCUCUGUCAGUGUAACUUGACAAUUUCUAAAUGGAAAAGGGUUGCUGUGUUUUCUCUGUCUCUCUUUUUUAAUGUCCUUUUUCUUCUCACUUCCCUGCUCUCUUUCCUUUCCGGUUUUUCUAGCCGAGUGUUUGGGGCUUAAAUAAAACUUGUUUCUUUUUCCUCUCCUGGA